ACUGAAGCAGGAUGCCUCACUUCCCUUCUCACUGAAACUUAUCAGUGGAGGAUGUUUCACGUCCAGUAAAACAUUAUUGCCGUAUAGAAAGUUGGCUACUCUCAGCUGGGAACAAUGUUACCAGCGCCAGUUCCUAAUAUGAUUCCUAUACUUUUGGACAUUUUUCUUUGCAGCUUUCUGUGAUAAAGGCCUAGCAGCACUCCCACUCCUCCAUUCACACUGCUGCUCAUUAUUCACUAUCGUUUAUGAUAGGCAGCACAGUCUGCUGCUGGCUGUGGAUGUCGACUUCCCAUUUCAUGUCUUUAUAUUUGCAACUGGUGCCACGCCCUUCUGAGCCGACUGGAUAAAGUUCAACAAGUGUCCUCCAGUUUCAGAUCAACCACACCACCUUGUCAAAGAGCCUUCAACAUUUCCACCUAGCAGAGGGAGCUUGAAUGAUGGCUGGAUGUUGUGUGUCGGCGGAGGAGAAAGAGAACCAGAGGAUCAACGAGGAGAUCGAGAAGCAGCUGAGGAGAGACAAGAAGGACUCUCGCAGGGAACUGAAGCUGCUGCUGUUAGGCACUGGAGAGAGUGGAAAGAGCACCUUUAUCAAACAGAUGAGGAUUAUCCACGGAGGAGGAUACUCAGAGGAGGACAGGAGGAGCUAUGCCAAACUGGUCUACCAGAACAUCUACACGUCCAUGCAGACCAUGAUCCGAGCCAUGGAGGCACUCAAGAUAACUUUCUCUGGAUCCCAGAACCAGGGGCUUGCAAACUUAGUCCUGGAGGUGGAGGUGGAUAAAGUGGAGGUAUUAGAUCAAACCCAUUUAGCGGCCAUCAGGAGUCUGUGGAAUGAUGGGGGAAUACAGGAGUGCUACGAUCGACGCAGGGAGUACCAGCUGUCCGACUCCACCAAAUACUAUCUCACUGACCUGGAUCGAAUUGCACAACCCUCUUAUAUACCCGACCUUCAGGACAUCCUCAGAGUCCGAGUACCAACCACAGGUAUCAUCGAAUACCCCUUUGACAUGGAGAAUGUCGUCUUCAGGAUGGUGGAUGUGGGGGGUCAAAGGUCAGAGCGGAGGAAGUGGAUCCACUGCUUCGAGAACGUCACCUCGAUAAUCUUCCUGGUGGCGCUCAGCGAGUACGACCAGGUCCUGGCCGAGUGCGACAAUGAGAAUCGGAUGGAGGAGAGCAAGGCGUUGUUCAAAACCAUCAUCACCUACUCCUGGUUCCAGCGCUCCUCUGUCAUCCUCUUCCUCAACAAGACUGACAUCCUUAAGGAGAAGAUCAUGUACUCCCACAUAGCAGACUACUUUCCUGAAUUCACAGGACCUCGGCAGGAUGCUCGAGCAGCUCAAGAAUUCAUCCUGAAAAUGUACCAAGAUCAAAAUCCAGACAAGGACAAGACACUGUACCCUCACUUCACCUGCGCCACAGACACGGAAAACAUCCGCUUCGUCUUCGUGGCCGUCAAAGACACCAUCCUCAGACACAACCUGAAAGAGUUCAAUCUAGUGUGAAGAGGUGGAGCGGGACAGGAGAGGCGACAAAGGGAUGCGAGAGAGUGGAAGGAAGACGUGAGGACAGCCAAGAUGGGAGAAAUCAAUCAAACAAAACUUUCUCUUGGCUGUCUAAACAAAGAACAUUUAGAAUUUUUAUAGUUUCUCCCAGUUUACACAACCGCUGAAAAGAUUCUUGGGUUACUUAAUACAAAAGUUCAGAUAUUUAUAUUUUUUCAUCUUUUGUGCCUGUAAAAAUACACCCAAAGAAUAUGAACAUGUAACAGACGUACUGUUCCUGUUGAUUGCUGUUUCUGAAAAUCUUUGUAGAAUUUGUAGUGUCCAUUUUAGGCUUUGUAGAGAUGUACUGUAAGAAAACAGUUUGUAGUAGAAGUGAGAAUGUGAAAAUUAGUAAAA